GUCGUGGUCGUCGUCGAUGUCGGUUUUAGUCGUGAUAGGAAGAAAAAAGUGCGUUAUUGUGCAGUAAAUCUCGCGGUUUCGCGGUUUGCCUCUGGUGGCUCAGUCUAUUAUGGUGUUCUCGAAGAGAAAGAUGAAGCAGUUGUUCGCGUUCGGUGUGGCCAUAGUUUUGGUGGUCUGUUUGUACAAAUCGUGGGGUAGUCCAACUAGUGCUAAGCUAAGUCUAGCAAUCGGUAGCGUAAAUGAUCUAGAGAAUAGUGUCGAUCGUGGGCGGUACGUUCAUCAACGACAGGAGCGAUUGCCAGAUGGGAAUGUGGAAAACGAAGUGGCCAAUGACCACCGAGUGGUUGGUGGCGUCGGCGAUGAGGAACACGAAUCCAGACUGGACGAGAUGCAUGAAGCCAAGAAGCAAAUCUUGCAGCUUCAGCGUAAAAUUCAGGAAUUGGAAGGACGGAUACCGCGAAAGUAUCCUGAUGUGAUGUUCUUGAAUUACAAAAAUCGGAAGCGAAUAUUGAUCACCGGUGGUGCUGGGUUCGUGGGAUCGCACCUGGUCGACUACCUGAUGAUGCAGGGCCACGAGGUGGUCGUAGCCGAUAACUUCUUCACCGGUCGGAAGCGCAACGUCGAACACUGGUUGGGUCACGAAAACUUCGAACUCAUCCACCACGACAUCGUCAAUCCACUGUUCAUCGAAGUGGACGAGAUUUACCACCUGGCAAGCCCGGCCAGCCCACCGCACUACAUGUACAACCCGGUCAAGACGAUCAAGACCAACACGCUGGGAACGAUCAACAUGCUCGGGUUGGCGAAACGGGUCGGGGCCAAGGUGUUGAUUGCCAGUACGUCGGAGGUAUAUGGAGACCCAGAUGUACAUCCCCAACCGGAGACCUACUGGGGUCAUGUGAAUCCUAUUGGACCGAGGGCGUGCUACGACGAGGGGAAACGUGUGGCGGAGACGCUGAGUUACGCCUACGCCAAACAGGAGAACGUCAAUGUCCGGGUGGCGCGGAUCUUCAACACGUACGGUCCGCGGAUGCACAUGAACGAUGGCCGGGUGGUGUCCAACUUCAUCAUCCAGGCACUUCAAAAUCAGUCAAUUACUAUGUACGGAAGUGGAAAGCAGACGCGAUCGUUCCAGUAUGUGUCCGACCUGGUGGACGGGAUGGUUGCGCUGAUGACUUCCAACUACACGCAGCCGGUCAAUUUGGGCAAUCCGGUGGAACGCACAAUCCAGGAGUUUGCCGAAAUUAUCCGCGACCAGGUCGGGGGUCGGAGCAAAAUUAUCGAACUUCCCGCAGUGGAAGACGAUCCGCAGCGGCGCAAGCCGGACAUUUCCCGCGCCAAGAAAUAUCUCAACUGGGAACCACGGGUCCCCCUGAAGGAGGGCCUCAUCAAAACAGUCGAAUACUUCCGGAAGGAGCUGGCGCGCUCCAAUCACUCCCAGCGGAAUAUCUUCGUGCCGGAAACGACUGAAACCAAGAAAUAACAUUGUUAGCUGGUAGCGCAAUGGUGUGUGGUUUUUGAAUGGUAUGUUGAAUUUUGAUUAAGUCAGUCAUGUCUGAGGUAGAUGCUAGGCUCGGUCGAAACCGAACGACCGACGGUGCUGCAAUUGUUGUCAAGUGCGAUUCCGCUCUGUUUAGGAUUCCCGUUAGUUCCAUUUCAUCAUCACCUUCUUCUUCGUCUAUACCACAGUACAAAUCGUUCGUCCUAUUUCGUCGUAUUCGGACAGAAACAUUUCCUCUCUCUCGCUAGUGGGCCAUUUAAGGACAUGAUUCAGCGAAGUCUCAUCUCUGGUUGCUGCUUCUACUUGCUACAAACACUGAGUGGCGUUUACGACUUAGUACCUUCAUAAAGUAGAUCGCCCAAUGUGGCUUCCGUGAACCACGUCCUUAAGGUUAUGUGAAGAUAUGUCAAUUAUUGUUGAAACCCGGUUUGCAUAGAAAACUAUUGCUCGUAGAUUAAUCUUGAUAAAUAGUAUAAUUUCCUUCUGUUGGAUCUUUUGUGCAUAUAUUUUUCAUCCCCCUUAUAUUUCUAGUCUUGUUUUAUAUUUGUGAAUAUGUUUUUUUAUA